AAAACUAUAAAUAUGGCAACAAGUCAUAUCUCGACAAACCGUGAAAAUGGAACGAAUAAUCAUAGCCGCCCUUCUGACAGUCUUUGUUUGCUGCUCGGCCGAUCCCGUGGAGCACAUUGUUAGUGGAUCUGAUGCUGGGCAUUGUGAGUUUCCUCACAUGGUUUACAUAAGAAUUAAAAUGAGAGGAGGAAGUGAAACAUUCUGUGGUGCGAGUCUGUUAUCUGCCAAAUGGGUCUUGACUGCUGCCCAUUGUCUUGAUGGUGAAGUAAUUGGUGUUGAUGCCCACCUUGGAACAACAAACAAAAAGAAUGCUUCUGUUAUCAUUCCAGCCAGACAAUGGAUUCCUCAUCCCCAAUACACUCUCUCACACACCCUUCUCCAAGACGUUGCAGUUCUGGAAUUAACGCGUCCUGCACCGCUCGGUAGAUGUAUUUCUACAAUUACUCUCCCCAAUAAAGGAGACACCUUUUCAGGACCCUGUACAGCCGUUGGAUGGGGUCAAACUGGAACUAAAGGAAUCUUCCCAGACAAGCUUCAGAAAGCUAGAAUUAAUGUAAUUCCCACAAAUAAAUGUCAACAACAAGCAUCUGGUAUUACUGCCGAACAGCAUAUCUGCGUUGGAGAUAACAAAUUCAAGGGUAAAAACGUCUGUGGUGGAGAUUCCGGUGGUGGUCUCGUCUGCAAAAGGAAAUCCGAUAAUGCCUACGUCGUUGCUGGUAUUGCUUCCUAUGUUUUCGACUGCGACAAAGGAUUUGGAGUCUAUGCCAAUGUGGCCAAUUUCCUUGACUAUAUCACGGGAUACAUGAGCUUGUAGAUAUUUUUGAGAAUAUAUCGAUGAUUAUAUGAGUUGGUGUUGGAAACUAGUGAAGACAAAAUAAAUUAUAUAAAAAA